AUGGCUUCCUCACCCAUUACCUGUCAUGUUCUCGAUACAGUCUCCGGCACACCGGCCUCAAACCUUAACGUCCUGCUCACUCUCCUUGCCCCAAGGCUUUCUUCCCAAGAAGUACCGGCCUCGGGCGUCGGCUUUCACGCGGUAACUAACGAGGACGGUCGGGUCAAAGAGUGGAUCCCAAACACCAAGUUUGCGGUGCAAGACGUGUUAGAUCAAUUUGAUCAUGGUGAUAAGUCCACAUGGAGCCUCAAGUUUGACGUUGGGAAAUGGUACGAGGAAAGGAAGAUUAAUUGUUUCUGGCCCGAGAUUGAGGUUAAAUUCUUCGUUGAGAAGGGAACAAGACAUUACCAUGUGCCGGUACUCGUUGGGCCAUGGACAUACACGACGUAUCGGGGAUCGUGA